AUGCCUCCCCCAGCUACAAACCUGCAGCAAACCUCAACCCCCGAUCGGUCCCGCCAUCCAGCUGCUCAGCAUCCAACCAGAUUAGACCUUUUUUCCAUCCUAUCCAGCCGAUUUAAGCAAAUACGAAAUUCGUCUCCGUCAAAUACGCCCGUGCCACAUUUAUCAAUCCACGUUAUGCAACCUGCUUCGGAGAACAGCCUCAUGGGUGAGUAUGAGGAGUCCUACCUGGGACCCAGCCAACCCUCUCAAAGCGACGGGGCAUCAUGCCGGGUGUUUUUUGAGUCCCCUCGGGACAAUGGCGGAUUUAUCCAACCUUAUUCAACGAUAAUCCAAGGGAUCCCCGCUUCGGUUCAGCAGAUGACCAAUGUAGUGCCCCCGGGAUUGCAUGCCGCCAAUCACCAAGUUUCAAUCGGUCAACAUCCGGCCGUUCACCACGUGGCGAUCCCGAAUCAAGCAAUUGGCGCUCAGGCUCCGAUGGGGUGCCACGCAAGUUCAAUUGGCCAGCUGACCGGUGGGCCUCCGGCGCAGGGGAUGCACCUUGCCCCCGUGGGUCAUCAGCUGUCCGCCUUCUCGUCUAAUGCGGCCGGCCACGUGAUGACCAUGCCUGCUAGUCAAGUGGCCCCGGCGCAUCCUUCCCUCGGUGGCCAAACUUCGACGGUGAACCCGACUCGCGCGCUGUCUCUUGCCCCGAUUCCAGGGGAGGCCGAGGACGAAGGGCGCCCGAUUCUCAUAGAUUACAUUGUAUUCAUCCGAUCGGCCCAGAAUCAAUCCUCUGGGUCCAGUAAACCAACCACGUCGACCAAGGAGUGGGACCGAGUGGUCCCGAGGGCCGAGACGGUCUUCAAAACAGACAUCGCUCGGUGGGACUGGCGAAGCUUGCAGGCUAAAAUCCUCUCAAUCAUCAAGGGGCCACGUGACCCGAUCCGGAAUGAGGGCGCUGGGAAAUUACUUCGCAAGCACUUCGAGGCCCUCGAUGAAUCGGGCGUCCUCAAGUGGCAGUGUGUGUUGAACUCGCAUCGUACUUAUGGCCACAAGGGGAACUACUUUGUCACACGAGACGAGGAGUGGCAGGUUUUUGUCAAAGUGGCAAACCACAAGGAUAACUUAUCGACGAAGAUCAUCAUCAAGCUCCUGAUGGCUGAUCCUCGCAAGUCCGUCAAAGCGGCUGAAUCCGAAAGAAAACAGAAUGAUAAUCUCGUGGCCCAAUAUGGGACAGACCCCGAGCGUAUUGCUCUGGAUCGAUUACAUUCACGUAUGGCGAAGAAUCCCAAAGCCGACGUAGAUGCUAAGGGGCGCGUGCAAAUGGUCCUUGACCUCUCGACCCACAUAUGCGACAAGUAUGGUGCCAAUGCCGAGUCAUUGAGGAUCAAGGACCCAGAUGACCCGGAGCGAUCGAUCCGCAUCACUUCUAACGCGCUGGGAAUAUGGGGUCGGUCGUUGUUCAAGGGAGAGGUUGGGGUUACCUGGGAGCACCCUCCUAAGACCAAGGAGUUUGAAUCGGAGCCCAUUAAGGUAUACACCAGGGAUGAGCAAGACGCCCGCCCGGUGACACAAAAGACCACCCCCAGUGCGAAAAGCACCAUUCGACGAUCGGCCUCCUCUAUGGCAUCCGGGAAUCACAACGACGGCUCAGCAUCGACUCAUAAUACCCCUGCCGGACCACGCUUUUCAGCGCCCCGUGUGACCUCGUCCGGUCGUAUCAGGCCCCCCAGAUUGUUGGAAUCGCCGGCGUCGCCCACAGUACCGGAAGAUAAGCGUGGGUCGCCGGUAAUCGGUGCCUCUGCGACCCGAAUGGCUAUGACUUCCCCAGUCCUCGGUAAACGUGGCUCCGUGUGCUCGUCGGUGUCCAAGGCUAGUGGAUCCGUGGUCUCCUCUGUCUCAAAGCCGAGUGGAUGCAGCCUCACGGAAGAAUCCCCCGAAGGGGAUGACAGAGAUUUAUCAUCGACCGAGGCCGAGGGUGAAGAAGAUGAGCUAGAGGUGGUGCCUUAUGUCCGAGGAGAGUCAAACCUUCCUUCAGACAUAGAACUAGUCUCAGGCCAUCAAUCGCCUUGCAAUGUAAAUCGCUCACCGGCCCGGAAGAUCCCUCGUGUUGCGACCCCUAGUGCCGACGUUGUGGCGCAGACAAUCAGUAACCUCGCCUUCCACACCCCAGGGCCCCCUGAACCCAACUUAACCGGAUCUCCGACCCGCGCUCGCGAUCACGCCAUGGCAACCCCUAAUUACGCCGCUGGCGUCCCGGGGUUGCCAGCAGCCAUGGGGGGGAACCCAGGAGCUCUCGCCCGCGCACCGGAGCCUGAGAUGAAUGGACCACCCUUGAACCAGGCUGGUCGUGCCCAGCAAAUGGCCUCGGGUUCGCCAGCAGCCAUGGGUGGGAAUCCAGGUGAUCCCGCCCCCGCUCCGGAGCCUGAGACCAAUGGACCGCCCUUGAACGAGGCUGGCCGUACCCUUCGAAUGGAGGACUUCCUCGGGCUCUGUAACUUUGAAGAAACCGACAUGGUACCUCGGGUCCUCAUUGGGGUCAGCCACAUACGACACUGGGACUUCUUCCGCGACACCAACGUCGCAGAGUUACAACAAAUGGGAUUCCCAUUCCCGAUAGCCAAGCAGUUAAUCAAGGGGGCCCGCGGCUUAGAGAUGACUCAUACCGAGGCCAAUGGCUCCAUCGGCAACACCGGGGUCACCAAUUGA